CAUACACCAACUUCGUCCUCGCCAGGUGGCCUUUUUUUUUUUCUCUCUCUCUGCCUUCUCUCUCUCUAACACCUGUCGUUAUCUGAAAACAUAAACCGAUGAGCUCGUCGCCGUCGAGGAAUCCGACGAACGCCGAAGCACCUCUGCCGCCAUCAACAUCAUCAACGGAUGCGGUGGCCGUGGAAGUUGGUUCGUCUAAGAAAGUGAGGAAACCUUAUACCAUCACCAAGUCUAGGGAGAGCUGGACAGAGGAAGAGCAUGAUAAGUUUCUUGAAGCACUUCAACUAUUUGAUCGUGAUUGGAAGAAGAUAGAAGAUUUUGUGGGUUCCAAAACUGUGAUUCAGAUAAGGAGUCAUGCCCAAAAAUACUUUUUAAAGGUUCAGAAAAACGGGACAUUAGCACAUGUGCCACCUCCUCGGCCUAAGCGCAAAGCAGCUCAUCCCUAUCCUCAAAAGGCGCCAAAGAACGCUCAAAUGCCAAUUCAAGUUUCCACGUCUUUUACUACGCAAAAUAGCGACAUGCUGGGAUACACUUCGUGGGAUGAUGCCUCAAUGCUGCUAAACAGGGUUAUUUCACCACAGCAAGAACUUGCUAAUCUUCUUGGACCAGAAGCUGAUAUUGGAUCGAAGGGCAUAUUAAAUGUUACUAGUCCUUCUACAUCUGGUAUGGGAAGCUCAAGCCGAACUGUAUCAGGUUCUGAGAUUGUAAGAAAGUCGAAACAGCCUCCCAUGCUUCACGCUGUUCCUGAUUUUUCUGAAGUUUAUAACUUCAUUGGGAGUGUCUUUGAUCCUGAAACGAGAGGCCAUGUGGAAAAGCUCAAGGAAAUGGAUCCUAUAAAUUUUGAAACUGUUCUCUUAUUGAUGAGAAACCUCACAGUUAACUUAUCAAACCCUGAUUUCGAAUCCGCUUCCGAUUGUAAUGAUACUGCAGAGGCAAGUCCUCUCAUCAUAUAACCUGAAAUCCAAGCUCCCAAGCGUUGAGACCACUGGUUCCCUAGUCAAGAACUCAACAAGCGACAAAUCAUCGUAACAAAAAUAUAAGCCAUCAACUAGCAAGUAAGUGGUUUUCCCUAUUAUUUCGUCGACUUUUUAUAUACAGUACAAGAAAACAUUUCACCUCUUGUUAGAAAUCACACAAGUUCAUAGUUAGACUUCUAGAUAUAAAUAUAAGUCUAGUGACAGUUCUCAAACUCUAAGGUUGGAAUAAAUAGUUAGUAUAUAGUUCUCACUGUAGUCACAGACUCACAGUCGUAGUCAAAAUGACCGGGAUACAAUAGAUAUAUGCCCCAGUUCAGGCUUCAUGCUUAAGAUGUAUAUGGUUCUCACCGUAUUGGCAGGUUUACUCAUCCGUUUUCAAUGUUUAAUAAACUUUGGUGUUAUACGUCACUGGGAAUCACAAUCUUGUCAAUGCAUCAUCAUGUGGGAAUGUGUAAAAGGUGUUUGUUGUUUUUGAGGAGAAACAUAAGCUAAGUUUUCAAGCGAUUGGGGACUCGAGCAGAUUUUGACCAGGACCAGUUGAGUGAAUGGUAGGUAUGAUAUAUGUAAGGGUUGCAAGGCACCCUCAUCCUCAUCCACAGGUUACUCUUGUACAAAAAUCUCAUUCAUAUCUUUUGUUUGGGUUGUGUAUUUCUUUGUUCAGCUGUUGAAUUUUACCCUUUUAUCGCAUUAUUACGCGGGUGUCGAGAACAAUUCCUAGGACUGGUUAAAGAUCAAUGUUAAAAGUAAAUAACUGUAAAUCAUUUUUGUUUUGAA